AUCACCGUGACUGUGAAUUAAUCUUUCCCCCUCACAUCCUCGCAUCCUCACAUCUAUCUGGACUCCAACAUGGGAAACUCCCAAACCAAGGAGUCGCGCUCCGCAGCCCCGUCAAGUCGUCGGAGUCAAUUAUCCCCGGGCGCUUCCGAUGCCUCAAGUCGGCCGUAUCAUGGUUCUCGAUCAGCAAGAGGCAGUCGGCCUGAUCUUUCGAUUCUUGGAAUCAGCAAUCAUGAUCGAGAGGUGGCCACAUUAGAACAUCGGCGGGAGACAAAGCAAGAACGCGAGGCCCGUCGCUUGGAGAAGGAACGGGUGGCGCGUCUCAAAGAGAGGGAGCGUAGUAUGAAGGAGGAGCAUGUCGACGGAGGUUAUCUCGUGACACAGGGUGUGUAUGUGGGGACAGAAGACUACAAUAAGGUAGUGGUGCGCCAACUGAUGAUCGAACGCCGACUGGCUCCCUUCUGGAGAGGUCUCAAUGACUUCUCGGAGUCGUGGGCUGAGCAUCAGAUUAUGGCGGCUGCACGAGGGAUGCCCAUUCCCCAGCCCGACGAGAUCCCGCCCGAGUUAGAGUACAAAUUGUCCAAGAUCCCGGACAAAGCCCCCGUCGAUCCAACAAAUAUUCAGCAUCUUACAGUGCCGAUCACGUCCAGGUCGCAAUCUUAUAAUUCAGAUGCUUCGCAGUCCUCCAACCCCCCUCAAUCAUUACCCUCCGCAUCUCCGAUCGCUUCUGGGACAUCCACCUCCCCUCUCUUCCGAACCAGGGCGAAGACUUUGGCUGCUUUGACUACCUCCAAGCAUAACUCACAGACAGAUCUAACGCCCCGGGAACUGCAGCUUCCCAAGGACCCAUUUGUGAAUGGACAGCCCAUCGAAGUGAAUUUGUACAAAGACGCAAGCGAAUGUCCUAUCUGUUUCCUCUACUAUCCGCCGUACUUAAACCGUACCCGAUGCUGCGAUCAACCUAUUUGCUCCGAGUGCUUCGUGCAGAUCAAGCGCCCGGACCCGCACACUCCAGAGCAUGGAGAGCCUAGCGCGAAUGCGCCUUCGGUCGAGGGAGAGCAGGCGGAGGCAACCGAGUCACAGUUGGUCUCCGAGCCCUCGGCGUGCCCCUUCUGUGUCCAGCCUGAGUUCGGAGUCACCUAUGCACCGCCCUCGUUCCGCCGGGGCCUGACUUAUGCUGCAGACCCCAGUGCCCGGCUCUCCCCUAACUUCACUUCCCCCGUAUCUUCCACCUCCUCCUUAUCAUCUGCCACUGCCCCCGUGCCGGGUCGCCGCCGUGCGACCUCACUAUCGGCCACUGACCCCACAGUGGUUACAACCGAUAGGAUUCGACCAGACUGGGCGACCAAAUUAUCGAAUGCACGAGCCCACGCGGCACGUCGAUCCGCGGCAGCGACUGCCCUUCACACGGCGGCGUAUUUAAUCAACCCCAGUACAUCUCAGAGUGACUCGCGUGGGUUUGGUAUCGGACGGCGCGGAAUGCGAAGAGCCACUGGUGGAGAAGGGUAUAGCGGCCGGACCGCUUCACCCGCCCUUAAUGCGCUAGCUUUCUUGACGGAGCGUACGGGUGCUGAUCGGACGCCUAGAGCAACUGGACAAGACACCGAUUCUGCUUCUGCCGAAGAGGGUGCGAGUAACCCGGCUGCUGGUCGAUCAAGUUCAAGGCGCAAUCGAAUUGACGAUCUUGAGGAAAUGAUGAUGAUGGAAGCUAUCCGCCUGAGCUUGGCCAGCGAAGACGAGCGCCUCAAACGGGAGGAGAAAGAGAAGGCCGAUAAGGUGGCUCGCAAGACUGGCUUGUACAGUAAUAAUGCUAGCGCCUCCGCUUUGGAUGUCCUUGGCGAAUCCAGUUUAGGCGAGGAUGUCAUUGGUGAAGAAAUCGCAGCUGGUAGCAAAGGCAAGGGAGUUGACCGCACACUGCCAUCGACUGCAGAAGAAACGAACCCCCCUACGCUGCUUGAUCCAGCAGCACCAGCAAGCCAUUCGGCGGAUCAGUCCGAGCCGUCCCGACAGUCUCACCUGCGACAGGUCUCCAGUGCCUCUUCAUCGUUCUCUUCUGUCAUGGAAACUACCCCAGAGGAUGGCGCAAGCGGUCCCGCUACUGGAGAGGGCAACACCAACUCUCUUGAGCCAAUGUUCAAUUUUCGCAGUUUAGCUGCCGUGAUUGGAGAUGAGGAGAAAGUGGAUGACUCUGCGGAACACGUUGAGGAUACCUCUAACAAGCCACAAACAGAGGGCUCUUCCUCGAGUGCCACUCCGUCGGUCCACCAGCCUUUCACCGAGGUGAACCCCGAAUCAGCGCCUAUCAUUGAGUCUCGUGAGGAGUCUCGUGAUCAUUCUGGUACCCUUCCAAAGGAACUUGAGACUCGCUCUGUCGAGAUCACCAGUUCCCCCACGCAUCCGGAAGCUACUUUGUGA